UGUUUAACAGACUGCUUCUAUCUAGAUGCUGGUAGUUUUGAAAUAUUUCAUGAUUUCGUAGGGCGCGGUUUGUCGUUGCUACGUCUUCCCCUGCCCUUCCGGACCCCGUCUGGCAGAGUCCGGAAUGAACAGAAACGCCGGCAACCUGCCGAAGGCCACGAAUGAGGCCGAGCGGCAGCGGAACAUCCGGGCCGGCUCCCAGAUCAGCGAGCUCAACAACCCCUGCCUGAGCGAGCAAAGCCAGGUUCAAAAGUGCAUGGACAAGUCAGGUUACGACAAAGAGAAGUGUCAGUUACACAUGAACAAUUACAAUGCGUGCAAGAGGUUCUGGGGGGAGGUGCGGAGGCGACGCCGGAAAGAGGGCCUAGAGCCGGAACUUCCUCCCCCCGAGGAGAGGGCCGCCAUCAAAAAGGAGUUCCUCUCCAAGGGUCAUUUAUAGUAUACGGGAUUCGCGGGAAGGUGCGCGGCGUCGUGCAGGCUGCUUGUGGUUGAUGAUUGUGGAGCAUGGAACGCGUGGUGUGAUAGAAUACAUGCGUUUGGUACAGAUCACAA